CAUCAGUACUCUUUCUUUUAGGGUUUGUGAGAUCGAAGAAAUCGGGCUUUCGCUAUCAAUUUUUUGAUAACAGUAUUUUACAGAAAAGUUGUUUAAGAGAGACCAGAAGUUCUGAAUACAUCAUCUAGGUAUGACUCAACCGGGCCAGAAUCCGCCGCAACAGCACCCAGUGGUGGAUAGCACUGGUCAAAUGAUUUAUAGUUCCCCUCCUAACACUGGUCCUCCUCAACAGCACCCAGUGGUGGGUAACACAGGUCAAAUUGCUUAUAAUUCCCCUCCUUACACCGGUCCUCCGCAACAGCACCCAGUGGUGGGUAACACAGGUCAUAUGGCUUAUAGUUCUCCUUCUUACACCGGUCCUCCACAACAGCACCCAGUGGUGGGUAACACAGGUCAAAUGACUUAUAGUUCCCCUCCGCAACAACACCCAGUGAUGGGUAACACAGGUCAAAUGACUUAUAGUUCCCUUCCUUACACCGGUCCUCCGCAACAGCACCCAGUGGUGGCAAACACAGGUCAAAUGGCUUAUCCUUCUUACACCAAUCCUUCUCAUUCUAGUACUCUAACCAGUUCAGUAAUCCCAUCUCAGCCUCAAGUUCAAGCUCUGCCGCCACCAUUCACUUCAGCUUCAACCCAACACCAUCUCGCCUACCAACAAGAACAAGAAAUUUUCCAAUCACAGCAACAACUACAACAUCAGGAAGAGCUUCAAGUCUUCUGGGAAAAACAAAUGCAGGAUAUUAAGCAGACAACCGAUUUCAAGAACCACAGCCUCCCUCUGGCUCGUAUUAAGAAAAUCAUGAAAGCUGAUGAGGAUGUCAGAAUGAUAUCAGCCGAGGCACCUGUAGUAUUCGCAAAGGCGUGCGAGUUGUUCAUCUUCGAGCUUACUAUGCGGUCCUGGUUACACACGGAAGAGAACAAGAGGAGGACCCUUCAAAAGAGCGACAUUGGCGCUUCGAUUUUGAAGACGGAAAUAUUUGAUUUCUUGUUGGAUGUUAUUCCCACGGAAGAGUUGAAAGAGGAAGAAGGGCUUGGUGGUGGUGCUAGUAGUAGUAGUGGUGUUAUUCCAAUGGAGAAUCAUCAUUUUCCUCAUCCUAUCAAUCCUUACUAUUAUCAUCAGAUGGGGUCCUCCUCGGGUAUGACGAUGGGUCAACCCGUUGACCAAUCAGCAAUGUAUAUGAUGGGUGGUCAUCAACAGCCAAUUAUUAAUAAUAAUAAUCCUGUUCUUCCUCCUCCCGAGCCUUUUAUGCCUUGGCCGCAUGAUCAGCAACAAGAGCUGCAUGAACAAAGUGAUAGUUGAUGAACAAGUAAGUAGUACUGAAUAAUAAGGUUAGUAGUAGUAGUCUCUGUAUUGGUUGGUUAAAGCUCUAUAAGUCAGUCAGUUUGUUUUUCACUUGUGUUGAUGAAACUAAAGCUCUCUCUACUUUUAGUACAAGGAAAACAAAUUUUUUACUGUACAACUGAGUCAUUAUCUGAUUCAACUUUGAAGA